GUCUCAGUUGCCGCCCCUUAUCGUCUAGCUCUCGCCAUAACUUGUUUCGUGGACCAAAAUAUCUAUCAAGAUGCUUUGGCGCGAAGAAGACAAUCCUUGCUAUGAAAUUCACCAAAUUAUUGUCCCCCAUUUGGGACAAGUUCCUGUGGCCAAAGGUGACUUUAGUUCGCUGCCUCCUGAGGCUCAGUCCUUCAUCGGCAAAUGGGUCGGCAUUUGCAAACCUCGUGGGCUGUAUAUAUGCGAUGGAAGUCACUGGGAGGCGAGCGAAAUCAUCCAGAAACUGUGUGAACGUGGAACUCUACACAGACUGGCUGCAUACGAAGAAAACUACAUUUGCCGCACCGAUCCAGAUGAUGUGGCCCGGGUGGAGUCGCGAACGUGGAUUUGUUCCCCGAACAAGUUUUCCAUAGUCCCACAUGUCUCCGAAGGUGUCAAGGGAAUGCUCGGUCAGUGGAUGUCACCGGAAGAGUUGGAUGUCGCAUUACGUGAUCGAAUGCCUGGAUGCAUGACAGGUCGAAUGAUGUAUGUGAUCCCGUUCAGCAUGGGUCCCGUUGGGUCACCGUUAAGUAAAGUGGGUAUACAGCUGACGGACAGCAACUACGUAGUACUGUGUAUGCGCAUAAUGACUCGAGUCUGCCCCGAUGUUUGGGAAGUAAUGGUCAAUCACCACGAAUUCGUGAAAUGUGUGCACAGUAUGGGAUGUCCACGUCCGUCAACUCGUAAAGUCAUCAACCACUGGCCGUGCAAUCCGGAAAAGACGAUCAUCACACACAUACCGGACGAGCGCAUGAUCAUCAGCUACGGUAGUGGAUACGGUGGAAACUCUUUGCUGGGAAAGAAAUGCUUUGCCCUGCGCAUAGCUGGUUCAAUGGCUUACGACGAGGGCUGGAUGGCGGAGCACAUGUUGAUCAUGUCCGUCACAAGUCCAGAGGGAAAAGAACACUUUAUCGCGGCCGCUUUCCCAAGUGCUUGUGGGAAGACCAACAUGGCUAUGCUGGAACCGUCGUUGCCCGGAUGGAAAAUUCAGUGUGUUGGUGAUGACAUCGCGUGGAUGAGAUUCGAUGAAAACGGUGUUCUACAUGCAAUCAAUCCGGAGUACGGUUUCUUUGGCGUCGCUCCCGGGACCAACCGCAAGACCAAUCCGAACGCGAUUGCUACUUGUAUGAAGAAUACAAUAUUCACCAAUAUUGCCGAGUCGGUCGACGGCCGCUUCUUUUGGGAAGGUUUGGAGGACGAAUUUGACCCGGACACUGAAAUUAUCACAUGGCUCGGACAUCGGGUUAAACUGAGCGACAAAUCACAUGAUCCAAAGGCACACCCUAAUUCACGUUUCUGUUGCCCGGCCAGCCAAUGUCCAAUCAUUCAUCCUGCAUGGGAAAACCCCAAAGGUGUCCCAAUUUCGGCGAUCGUGUUUGGCGGUCGACGACCUGAGGGGAUCCCACUGGUAAUGCAGGCUUUUAACUGGAAACAUGGUGUGAUGCUUGGGGCUUCUUUGAAAUCUGAAGCAACUGCUGCUGCCGAAUUCAAAGGCAAAGUAGUCAUGCAUGAUCCGAUGGCUAUGCGUCCGUUUGUCGGCUACAACUUUGGAAAGUAUCUGCAACACUGGCUUGACCUGGAGAAGCCCGGGCGUAAGAUGCCUUUGAUCUUCCAUGUCAACUGGUUCCGUUUGAACAAGCAGGGCAAGUUCCUUUGGCCUGGAUUUGGGGACAACAUUCGAGUGAUUGAGUGGAUGCUACGUUGUGUGCAAGGAGAAGACGUGACCGUUCCUUCACCGAUUGGGUUAUUACCGAAAGAAGGCACAAUCAAUAUGUCCGGACUAAAUGCUGACUGGAAAGCUAUUUUCGAUCUGCCAAAGGAUUACUUACUCGAAGAUAUUCAGGAGACAACGAAAUACUUGGAAGAUCAAGUGGGGUCUGAUACGCCAAAAGAGAUUCGUCAGUUGCUCGAAGAACAGAAGGAAAGAAUUAGCACUCAGCUCUGAGUAGCAAAACGGAGAAGGACUGUCCACUAAUGGCUCUUCUCAGGAAUUUCAAAGGUCAAACAUCAACCGUGUCCAAAUCUUUAGCAUUCCUUAGCAUGCAAAUUGUGUUUUGUUCAUUUAAGCUAUUAUAAUCAAAUAAAUGUUUUUUUCUUUUAUUAUUGCGG